AUGAGGAAUCCAACUGCAAAGGUGUGUGGUUUUUUAUUAACAACAAUCCAAAAUCUUUUUCAGAAGAGACAACAGUUCGAAGUGAAGAGUACCCGCAUGACAGAAAGGCAUACAAUAGAGAAAGCUAUGAUUAUGACAUUGGAAAAUUUCUCAAGAAAAAACUUGGUGGAUCGAAAGAAGUGAAAAUAAGAUUUGGCAUAACAGGAGAUAGCGGAACUGGGAAAUCAGCAUUUAUCAACGCAAUGAGAGGGUGAUACUUUUGAAAAAUGUUUUAAAAUUAUAUUUUACUUUUCAUGCAUAAAUCAGAUAUAAAGAAAGGAAGGAAGGAAAGAAGGAAAAAAUUAUGAGAAAGGAAGGUAAACAACAUAGUUACGAGAGAUAAUGCUUCACUACUAUCUUUUAUAGACUUAAUGAUGACGAUGACGGUGCGGCAAAGGUAGAUGUGAUUGAAGCGACGACAAACCCAACGGAAUACAAACAUCCUGACAACCCAAUGAUUACCUUUGUAGAUCUACCUGGCAUUGGUACACCGAACUAUCCUGAUCUUCCAACCUACUGUAGAAAGGUUAGUUUGGAAAAUUACGACAGAUAUCUCAUCUUCACUUCACUGCGUUUUACAAAAUAUGACUUGGAACUGGCAAAGAAAGUGAAAUCUAUUGGAAAGUCGUUUUUUCUUGUUCGCACCAAGAUCGAUGAUGCAUAUAGAGCAGAGUCGAGAAAGCGAACAUUUAAUGAAAAAGAAAUGUUGGAAAAAAUUAAAAGAUAUUGCUUUGAAAAUGUGAAAGAUUUCAUAUCCAGUGAAAAAGACAUCUUCCUUAUUAGUAAUUAUGAUAAAGAAAGAUGGGACUUCUUCCGGCUGGUUGAAGCAAUCGGUGACGCAUAG